CCAAAUGUUUGGUAUAGUAAGCAAUAGCCUCUCUCUUGCAACAGACCAGUGGCUAUUUCCAUAUUUAGUUAUAUCCAACCAAUAUUUUGAAGAUUAUUUUGAGUUUUUGUUUCAAAAUUGAUCUUUAAAGGAGAUGACACGCCUGAUAUCACUCUCAUGAUAGCAAAUGAUCUGCAGCCAACCCUACCAUUUCUUUUGAGACCCGACAUGGAUUCCUUCUCAAAUUACAGCUAUUUCCAAAAUGACACAGACUACUAUGAAGAGCAGUCUUUUUCUUUAUUUGACAUUCAUAUCCUGGUGCCUGUGACUAUAAUUUCCAGCAUCUUGUUUUUCUUGGGUAUCGCUGGGAAUUUGCUAACACUAUUAAUUUUCAAAAGAUACAAGGAAAUGAGGACUACAGUUAACAUGUAUUUAUCCAGCAUGGCGUUGUCGGACAUUCUGAUUUUCCUUGGUCUGCCUUCUGAUUUGUACAGGAUUUGGAAAUACAAACCAUACAUAUUUGGGGACUUUCUCUGCAAAUUUUUAUUUUACCUCAGUGAAACCUGCACAUACUGCACCAUCUUGCACAUCACCACUGUGAGUGUUGAGCGGUAUUUUGCAAUAUGCUUUCCCUUGAAAGCCAAAACCACCAUCACUAAAUGCAGGGUGAAAAGGGUCAUCCUUUCUUUAUGGGCGUGGGCUCUCCUGACAGCCAGCCCAAUUCUGUUCCUGUUUGGCGUGGAACACCGCAAUGGAAGCCUGCCUGAUGAAGCCAAGGAGUGCAAUUACAUAGAACACUCAGCCCGCACAGGGCUCUUAGAAACAAUGACUUGGGUCUCAACCAUGUAUUUCUUCCUACCGGUGCUUUGCCUGACUCUACUGUAUGGACUCAUCUGUGGAAAGCUUUGGCGAACCAGACACAAGCUGAGAGGACCUCAGGCCGCAAGCAGAGAAAAGUACCACAAACAAACUGUCAAAAUGCUAGCAGUAGUGGUCCUGGCCUUCGUGCUGUGCUGGCUACCAUUCCACAUCGGCCGAAUCCUCUUUUCCCAGACCAAAACCAUCCUGUAUGACAUCACUCAGUACUUCAAUCUCAUCGCCAUGCUUCUCUUUUACCUUGGAGCAUCUAUAAACCCAAUACUUUACAAUGUCAUGUCACAAAAACACAGAAAAGCAAUGAGCAGAAUCCUGAACUACAGUCAAGUCUGGCAAUCCAGAAACUUGACAAGGAGCGAAAGGACUUCUCUUGAAGGUACAGAAGUCAGUUCUGUCAUGUAAACAGUUCAGCUCUGACUUAAAUACAGUGUCCUGUACAGCUAGAUUACAGCCGUCCACUGUGCUUGUGAACUGUGUGUUAAUAUCAAGCCACGGCACAUGGGCAUGUUGUGGGUGAAGGGGGGAUUUUAAUCUCUCGGGAU